UGUGUCCGUCCGGGAUACCCAUACCCAUGUACUUAUCUCCAGAUCUCCCAAGAAUUUUAGGGAAUUCCAGACAUCAUCGAUCGGAUAUUCAAUUGCAGCAUCGAUUCAUCGAAGAAAAUGGCACCUUCACUAACAGAGACAGUACUUGAAGUUGCAGAUCAGAUCAACGGCAAAGCUGCUUCCCUUUCUCUCGGAUCAGAGACCAAGACAGACACUUCUGCCAAAGAUGGAGCUCCAGCGGUUCAAUCACCACAACACAAAGAGCCUUUGAAGCUUAGCGGUGCUUUGGACCACUUCCAAAGCUUUGAUGUCACUCCAGUCAUUGGAAAGGAGUUUGUAGGAGUUAAUCUUGCAAAAUGGCUGAGAGCUCCGAAUUCUGAUGAUCUGAUACGAGACCUUGCAAUCACCAUUUCGCAACGCGGCGUUGUCUUCUUCCGAAAGCAGGACGACAUCACCAAUGACCUCCAGAAAGAGCUCGUCCAGCGCCUUGGAGAACUUUCCGGCAAACCAUCUACCUCGAAGUUGCACAUCCACCCAGUUUCCAACUCUGGGCGUGAACUUGGCGGCAAAGACGACGAAAUCAGCGUCAUCUCAUCGCAGCAAGCUAAGAAGUUCUAUCAAGAUAGAUUCAAGGCUCAGAAGAAGCAAAGUGCAAAGCAGGCGUGGCAUUCGGAUAUCACAUUCGAGCCUGUUCCUAGUGACUACGCAUUGCUUCGAUUGACGGAGAUUCCUUCAACCGGUGGAGAUACCCUCUGGGCAUCAGGCUACGAAGUCUAUGAUCGAAUUUCCACACCUGUUCAGAAAUUCCUCGAGACCCUGACUGCCACUUACGCACAACCCGUAUUCAACGAAACAGCACAAAAGAACGGAUUCAAAAUCUACACCGAACCUCGCGGCGCUCCCGAAAACAUCGGGGAAAAACUCGAAGCCAUCCAUCCUGUGAUCCGAACCAAUCCAGUGACAGGGUGGAAAUCUGUUUUUGCUGUGGGACAUCAUGUUCAGAGCAUCAAUGGGCUCGCGGAAGGAGAGUCAAAAGGUCUGCUAGAGUGGUUCACUUCUCUGGUUGUUGAAAAUCACGACUUGCAAGUUCGACACCGAUGGCAGAACGUGAACGACUUAGCAAUCUGGGACAAUAGGAGCGUUCAUCACGCAGCGACUCCGGAUUAUAUCAACCUGGGUUUGGGAGAAAGGACUGGACAGAGAGCCGUCAGUUUGGGCGAGAGACCGUAUCUUGAUCCAGAGAGCAAGUCCAGAAGGGAAGCACUUGGAUUACAAGAUGCUGUUGCUGGUUUGUGAUUAGUCUUCGAGCUUAAGUCAGCUGGCUACAUACA